UUCGUUAACAACUCGGAGACUAGUCAAAAUUUCAAGUAGUUCACUGCACGUUUUGGUUUUAUUUGUUUGAACAUCUACGAAAUGUUCAAAACUUAAUAAUUAAAAUUUUUUGAGUUUUUUGUGGAAAAGGACCUUUACUUUGAUGAACUGGUGAGGAGGGGGCUGAAAAAUAAGCGAUGCCAGUUAUUCUUUCGGGAGUGGCGAGUCAAUAAGAUUGUGAUACAAGUGGGAAAAACAAGUCAAGCAGGCUGGAGGAACUGAUGUGCGAGGCCGGAAUGAGAGGGAAGCAAGUGGUGGAGCCGGAGGAGGAGGACGAGGAAGCCGACGAGGAAGAAUACUUGAUGAAAGGGCGAAUGGAAGAGAUGACCGCCCCCUCUGGCGGACCGCCGGCCGCGGCCGCCCCCGGCUCCCAGGGCUUUUGGAUGACGGCCGUUUCCGCCGCCUCCGGCAUGGACAUGAUACCAGAAUCGGGUUUCAUAUCCUCCCAACCCUCCAUGGCCGAGUUCAUCCUGCCCCACCACAUGGCCGAGAUGUCGCCCAGUCCCGGAGCGCCCCAGCCGACUUACCCGCAGCAGCCGAUCGACCAGCAGCAACCCGUCCAAGAAUAUCCGUGGAUGAAGGAGAAGAAGACAGCACGGAAAAGCAACCAGCAAGAGAAUGGACUACCCAGAAGACUGAGAACCGCGUACACCAAUACCCAACUCCUGGAGCUGGAGAAGGAAUUCCAUUUCAACAAGUACCUGUGCAGGCCGAGAAGGAUAGAGAUCGCCGCCUCCCUGGACCUCACCGAGCGACAGGUGAAAGUGUGGUUUCAGAAUAGGCGAAUGAAGCACAAAAGACAGACUUUGAGUAAGCAAAGUGAAGACGGGGAUGAAAAGGAGACGGCCAAAGCAAAAGGAGGCGACAAAGGUAUCCUGGUUCAUGACGAUUCGAGCAAAAAGAGCUGCCAGAACUGCGAACUCCCUCCUGGCAUGCUUGGCGAACACUUGUCAAGGAAUAACAAUAAUAACUCAACCUACAACAACAACAGCAACGCAAGCAGUGGAGCCAGCAGCGUCACGAGUACGACGAGCUCGUUCGAGAAGCUAGAAGAAGAUUCGCGGUCAAACGAAAGCAGGGUGCUGACUUCGCCGGGUCUACUUCAAGGGAAAAGACACAGUGAAGUGGUAGUGAAAACGGAAUCGGGCAUCACGAUGUGCGCGUCGCCUGGAAAUAAAAAACUAGGGAAAGAAAAUUUGGGAAGUAGGUUAAUAUCUCCAGAUCUUGGGAUUAAAGCAUUGACGCCGGCGACCACGCCCGGUACCCCUGUCGGUACGACGGAUCCUCCUUUUAGAAGGAGCUCACCGACGGCUGCAACAGCGGUAGCGACUGCAACGGCAUCCGUUACUGCCAUAUUGCCAAACAUGUCGAAUCCUGUGAUCGCUCAGGGCAAGAACAGCGCAUCUUUUCCUUCUCCUCCUCAACGGAUGCAAUACAGGCAAACGUACAACCCAAGAGAAUACAACCAGAGGGUUUUCGAGUAUAGACAGCAAAGCCCUCGGCCGAACGGAAUGCACCCACCGCGGCCUAGAAAUUUCCAACAAUACCCGCCGCAGUACUGUCAGUACAACGGAUACAGCCAAGAGUACUAUCAAAGAAAUUACCAGUACGAUCCGGAAUAUAACAAUUACUACCAGAAUUAUCAAAAUUCGUCCGAAAUGCAUACAACGGCUGAAGGGUACUUCGAGACGUACCAAAACGUGGAAUACAGCCCGGGGAAACCACCAGGUGGUUAUUACGAGAUGAACCACCAAGGAGGCGAGGCGUCUUCGGUACCGCAUUACGGCGUCUCAUCGCCUGAUCCGUUUCCUGCGAACCAGCAGCCUACUGCAGCGGUCAUGACUCCGCCCAAUUCGGUCAGGACAGAUUCCUCGGGCGAGUACUACAAUUCAAUUCACCACUUUUACCCCGACCAGGCUCCGGCCAACGCGCAGCAACCUUCUGAAAACAGCAACUCUUCGUCGGAUUUCAACUUCCUCACCAACUUCGCCAACGAUUUCGCACCGGAGUAUUACCAGCUCAGCUGAGAGAUCUCAUAGACGCGGGGCCACCAGUGCAAUACUUGUACAGAUUGUGAUAACCUUUGGAUUUCUCUCUCAUAUUGAUUAUAUAGUUGUGAAUAAUUUGUGUAAAAAGUUGUUGACUGUAAUCUAUCGUGUUUAAAUUAUGUGAAUAAACCCUCCCAUCUCCUGGUAUUUACUACUCCCUCGAAAAAAUAUUAAAUCUUACCAAACGGGACUAAUUAGUUUAAAUCAAUGUUUUUACGAUUAUCGAUGUUAUUGAUUAUUGUUAAUUUCUAAAUUGUGUUGAUUUUUAAUUGUUUUCAACAAAAAUUGUGU